AUGGCAGGUGUCAUUACUGCAGUAGAAGUUGACCUUCUGAAACACCUGGUCCAAAAAGACUCCUCACACUCCCUGACGGACACAGACGGUUACCCAGCUAACCAGCCAAUACAAAGCCCGACGCACCACAGACCGGCGCACGCGCACAAGCGCCCACACCCCCGAAGGACACAGACUGGACCCGCCGCACCAUGCCCAACACCCCCUACGGGACAUCAGACGGGACCCGCCCACCAGUCCAAACACCCCCGAGGACACCGACGGGACCCGCCGCACAAGCCGCCCUACCACGCCGAAGCACACGAGACGGACCCGGCCGCACCAGCCCCCACAACAAGCCCGGACGCACACAGACGGGACCCGAAGCACCAGCCCCAAACAGCCCGACGCACACAGACGGGACCCGCCCACCAGCCCCACACAGCCCCCACGCACACAGACGGACCCGAGCACCAGCCCACACACCCGAGCACCAGCCCCAAACCCCCCCGCGCACACAGACGGGACCGCCCCACAGCCCCCACCCCGACGCACACAGACGGACCCGCCGCACCAGCCCCACACACCCGACGCACACAGACGGGACCCGCCGCACCAGCCCCAAACAGCCCGACGCACAAGACGGGACCCGCCCACAGCCCCACACACGCCCGACGCACACAGACGGGACCCGACACCAUGCCCCACACACCCCACGACCCCCAGCCCACACCCCGCCGCACACAACGUGACCCGCCCCAGCAGCCCCACACACCCGACGACACAGACGGGACCCGCCGCACCAGCCCCACACCCCCGACGCACAGACGGGACCCGCCCACCAGCCCCAAAGCCCGACGCACACAGACGGACCCGCGCACCAGCCCCACACACCCGACGCACACGACGGGACCCGCCGCACCAGCCCCAAACACCCGACGCAACACAGACGGACCCGCCCACAGCCCCACACAGCCCCGACGCACACAGACGGGACCCGACAGCACCAGCCCCCACCACCGCCCGACCCAAGACGACCCCACCACCGAACCCCGCCGACACCGCCCCACACCCAGCACCCCCGACGCACACAGACGGGACCCGCCGCACCAGCCCACACACCCCGACGCAACAGACGGGACCCGCCGCACCAGCCCCACAACCCCGACGCACACAGACGGGACCCGCCGCACAGCCCACACACCCCGACGCACACAGACGGGACCCGCCCACAGCCCCACACCCCCGACGGGACACAGACGGGACCCGCCGCACCAGCCCACACCCCGACGCACACAGACGGGACCGCCGCACCAGCCCACACCCCCGACGCACACAGACGGGACCCGCCGCACCAGCCCCACACCCCCCCCACGCACACAGGACGGGACCCGCCCACCAGCCCACACACCCCGACGACACAGACGGACCCGCCCACCAGCCCCAAACCCCCGACGCACACAGAGGGGACCCGCCCACCAGCCCCACCCCCCCGACGACACAGACGGGACCCCCCACAGCCCCAACACCCCCGAGGGCACACAGAGGGGGACCCGCCGCACCAGCCCCAACAGCCCGAGCACACAGAGGGACCGGCGCCCAGCAGCCCCACACCCCGCCGCACACAGACGGGACCCAGCACCAGCCCCCACACCCCCGCGCACCAGCCCAAACCCCCCGCACACACGGACCCGCCCCACAGCCCGCCCCCCGCGCCCACCAAGACAGGACCCGCCGCACCAGCCCACACCCCCGAGCAACAAGACGGGACCCGCCCACCAGCCCCAACACCCCGACGACACAGAGGGACCCGCCCCAGCCCACACCCCCGCCACACAACGGCCCCGCCCACACCCCAACGCCACACACAGACGGGACCCGCCCACACCCCACCCCCACACACCCCGGACGCAACACGACGGACCCCCGCACCAGCCCACACCCCCGACGCACACAGACGGCCCCGCCCCACCAGCCCACCCACCCCGACACACAGACGGGACCCAGCACCAGCACCCCCCCCCCCACAAACCCCCGCGCACACAGACGGGACCCCGCCCGCACCCCACACCCGACGACCACAGACGGACCCCCCAAACCAGCCCCACACCCCCGACGCACACAGACGGACCCGCCCACCACCCCCCAACGCCCCGACGCACACAGACGGGACCGCCCCACCAGCCCCCACCCCACGCCCUACCGAGGGACACAGACGGGACCCGCCCCAGCACCAAACCCGACGCCACAAAACGGGACCCGCCCACCAGCCCCACACGCCCGACGGCCACCAACACAGCCGCCCGCACCCACCCGGGCCACAGGGAACCCCACACGCCCCACCGCGCACACAGACGGGCCCCGCCCCAGGCCCCACACCCCCAGGGCACACAGACGGGACCCCCCCACCAGCCCCACACCCCGACGACAAGGACGGGACCCGCCGCACCAGCCCCACACCCCCGGACGCCCACACAGACGGGACCCGCCCAGCAGCCCCACACACCCCGACGCACACAACGGGCCCCGGCCCCCCACCAGCCCCAAAACCCGACGCACACAGACGGCCCCGCCCCACGGAGCCCCCACCCCCGACGCACAACAGACGGGACCGCCCAACGCCCCAACACCCCGACGAACACAGACGGGACCCCCCCACACCCCCAAACCCCCCCGGGGCACACAGACGGGACCCGCACCACCCAGCCCCACACCCCCGACGCACACAGACGGGCCCCGCCCACAGCCCCACACCCCCGAGCGAGGCCGGCCCCAAACCCCGGCACAAGACGGACCCGCCGCACCAGGCCCCCAAGCCCCAAAGCAACAAAAGGGGACCCGCCACAGCCCCCCCACCCCCGACCCCACAAAAAAGGGGACCAGCGCCCGCAGCCCCACACCCCGACGACACAGACGGAACCCCCCACCAGCCAACACCCCGACGCACACAGACGGGACCCGCCGCACCAAAGCCCACACACCGAGCACAAAGACGGGACCGCCCCACCAGCCCCACAACCCCGACGCACACAGACGGACCCGCCGCACCAGCCCCAAACCCCCCGACGGACACAGACGGGACCCGCCCCAGCAGCCCCACACCCCGACGCACACAGACGGGACCCGCCGCACCAGCCCCCCCCCCACAACCCCCCGAAGCGGCACACAGACGGGACCGCCCAGCAGCCCCCAAAACACCCGACGGCACGGACGGACCACAGCACCAGCCCCACACCCCCGCGACCCCACAACGGACGCCCACCCGCCCCACACCCCCGACGACACAGACGGGACCGCCCACCAGCCCCACACCCCGACGACACAGACGGACCGCCCCAGCAGCCCCACAACCCCCGACACACAGAGGGACCCGGCCCACCAGCCCCACACCCCCCGACGCACAGACGGGACCCGCCCCCACCCCACACACCCCGACGCACACAGACGGGACCCGCCCGCCCCAGCCCACACACCCCCGCCGGAACACCAGGACGAGGGACCCGCCGCACCAGCCCACACCCCGACGCACACAGACGGGACCGCCGCACCAGCCCACACCCCGACGACAAACACGGACACAGACGGGACCCGCCGCACCAGCCCCACACCCCCGACGACACAGACGGGACCCCCGCACCACCCCACACCCCGACGCACACAGACGGCACCCCACCACCCCAGCACCAGCCCAACGGCACACAGACGGACCCGGCACCACCCACACCCCCGAAGGACCAGCCGGCCGACCACGCCACACCAGCCCCACAGGGACCCGCCGACAGAAACACAGGACGGACCGCCCACCAGCCCCAACACCGACGCACACAGACGGGACCCGCCGCACAGCCCCACACCCCGACGGACACAGACGGGACCCGACCAGCCCACACCCAGACACCAGACGGACCCGCCGCACCAGCCCCACACCCCGACGGACACGAAGGGACCCCGCACCAGCCCCACACCCCGACGACACAGACGGACCCGCCGCACAGCCCACACCCCGAAGCACACAGACGGACCCGCCGCACCAGCCCCACACCCCGACGGACACAGACGGGACCGCCCCGCCAGCCCACACAGCCCCGAGGGACACAGACGGGACCCGCCCCAGCCAGCCCACACCCCCGACGCACACAGACGGGACCCGCCCACAGCCCCACACACCCCGACGCACACAGACGGGACCCGCCGCACCAGCCCCACACAGCCGACCACAGACGGGACCCGCCCACCACCCCCAACACCCCCAGCACACAGACGGGACCCGCCAACAGCCCACAACACCCCGACGACACAGAGGGACCCGCCGCACCAGCCCCACACCCCCGACGACCAAACGGACCCCCCCACCAGCCCACAACCCCGACGCACACAGACGGGACCCCCCACACCCCACACCCCGACGCACACAGACGGGACCCGCCCACAGCGCCCCACACCCGGGACACAACGGACCCACGCACCAGCCCCAAACCCCGACGCAACAGACGAGGACCCGCCGCACAGCCCCACCACCCGGACAACAACGGCCCCCGCACAGCCCACACCCCACGAACAGACGGACCCGCCGCACCAGCCCCACACCCCCGCCACACAGACGGACCCGCCCACACAGCCCACACAGCCCGACGCACAAGACGGGACCCGCCCACCAGCCCCACACAGCCCGACGCAACACGACGGACCCGCCCGCCCAGCCCCCCACACCCCGACGACACGACGGGACCCGCCCCACCAGCCCCACACACCCCCGACCACACAGACGGGGACCCGCCCCAGCACCCACACACCCAGACGGACACAGACGGACCCGCCCACCAGCCCCACACACCCCGACGCACACAGACGGACCCGCCCACCAGCCCCACACCCCCCGACACAACAGACGGGACCCGCCCACCAGCCCCACACCCACCACGCGACACAGACUGGACCCGCCCACCAGCCCCACACACACCCGACGCACACAGACGGGACCCUCCCACCAGCCCCACACCCCCACGACACCCGACGCACACAGACGGGACCCGCCGCACCAGCCCCACAACCCCGACGCACACAACGGGACCGCCCACAGCCCCACACCCCGACGCACACAGACGGGACCCCCCACCAGCCCACCACAGCCCGACGACACAGACGGGACCCGCCGCACCAGCCCCACACCCCGACGGACACAGACGGACCCGCCGCACCAGCCCCACACACCGCGACCGCGACACAACCGGACCCGCCCCACCAGCCCCCACACCCCACGCGACACAGACGGGACCCGCCACCCCAAACAGCCCGACGCACACAGACGGGACCCGCCCACCAGCCCCAACACCCCGACGCACACAGACAGGACCCGCACCCAGCCCCACACACCCGACGCACACAGACGGACCCGCCGCACCAGCCCCACACACCCCGACGGGACACAGACGGGACCCGCCGCACCAGCCCCACACGCCCGACGCACACAGACGGGACCCGCCGCACCCAGCCCCACACCCCGACGACACAGACGGGACCCGCCGCACCAGCCCCACACACCCGACGCACACAGAACCCGGGCCCCAGCCCCACACCCCACACAAUCCCCCACCACCCAAACCCCGACGACACAUACGGGACCCCCUCACCAGCCCCACACCCCGACCACACAGACGGACCCGCCGCACCAGCCCCACACCCCCGACGACACAGACGGGCCCCGCCGCACAGCCCACACCCGACGCACACAGACGGGACCCGCCCACCAGCCCCACACCCCCGACGACAACAGACAGGACCCGCCGCACCACCCACAACACCCACGCACACAGACGGGACCCGCACCAGCCCACACCCCAAACGACACAGACGGACCUCCCACCACCCCACACACCCUCAGCACAGACGGUACCCGCCUCACCAGUCCCCACACCCCGACGCACACAACGUGACCGCCCCAGACCCCAACCCCCGACGACACAGACGACCCUCUCACCACCCCACACACCCACCACACAGACGGUGACCCCCACCAGCCCCACACACCGCGUCACACAGACGUACCCCCCACCACCCCACACAGCCCGAUCACACAGACGUGACCCUCCGCACAGCCCCACACAGCCCGACGCACACAGACGGACCCCGCCCCCAGUACGCACAAAACCCGCCGCACCAGCCCACACAGCCCGACGCACACAGACGGACCCGCCUCAGCCAGCCCCACAAGCCCGACGCACAAGACUGGACCCGCCGCUCACCAGCCCCACACACCCGACGCACACAGAAGUGACCGAGCCCAGCCCACACCCCGCCGGCCACCGCCCCCCACCCGACCCACACAUACGGGACCCGAAGCACAGCCCCAAACCCCGUACGCACACAGACGGGACCCGCCGCACCAGCCCCACAGUCCCGACUGACUCAGACGGGGAACCGAAGACAGCCCACACACCCCGACGACAAAGACGUGGACCCGCGCACCAGCCCACCACAGCCUACUACACAUACGUGUACCUCUCUGCACCCGCCCACACAGCCUACUGA